AUGUCACAAGGGUCCAGCCCAGCUAAAAGAAACCGCAAAACCUUCUCAGGCUGUUGGUCUUGCCGAGAACGAAAAAUCAAAUGCGAUGAAGCGAAACCCACUUGUCGCCAGUGCAAGAAGAGUCGGUUGGAGUGCAAGGGUUAUGGUCUCAGACUCCAAUGGAUCAUCAACAAACAACUCGACGCGGAGUUCGCUAGUGUCAACAAUCCGCGGAGGAAUAUUGCUCUAGAUGCCCAUACGCCAGUGCUUUCUUUCGAUAGAGUUGAUGAUAUACUGACCACCCUUGGGCAUUAUGAUCCAAGGUACAUGCCUACGGUACAAGAUAAUGUACACAUUUAUAUGGAAUGUUUUGGAGUGUUUCGGGAUGUGGAUUCUAGAAUUAAUGCCUCGUCACUCCCCAUAGACUCCAUACCAACAAGCACAGAGGCUCAACAUACACUCGAUACCGCGAACACUACACUAUCCCCAGCAAUAGCUGAGAACACUAGCAUUAGCGUGUUCGAUCACAGCUCCGCUACCUUAGAAGAUGAUAGGGGUUCUUUGAUCAACGGUUCUUUAAAUCAAUCACCAAGUAUCUCUUGGUUCGGGAUCGAUAGCCACAGCCAAAGUCUAUUAAAGCCUCUCGGUAGCUUGGCCGAAGAGAUUGAGACUGAUGCUUUCGGAGUUUACGAAAAUGGAUUGGAUCUGGCUUCCCCGUCGGUCCCCCUCGGGACAACGGAGAGGUUUCUAAUUCACUACUAUUCAAAGCGGGUUGUAAACCUUUUUUGUGUCAUUGAAAAUGGGGCCAGCCCAUGGAAGGCGAUUCAUCUUCCCAAGACACUACGCGCAGUAGGAGAAAUCACAAUCGAGGGGAAAACAUCGAGGAUAUGCGAAGCUCUUGUACGCUCGUGUCUUUCGAUUAGCGCUUUCUGUCUGUCGAAUGAUUGCAGAUUACGACUUCAAGAGACUGAAGCCCUCAGAUGGGAGAAGCUGGCGGAUGAGUUUCGACGUCAAGCUAUCAAUCUGCUCAGGAAUGCGAUGGAGAAAGACUUUUACCCAAACAAGGGCGUAAAGUAUACGGACUUUCUUGCUACCACCUUGUCCAUGAUUACAAUCGACGUUAUGUCAGGUGAAACGGACACCUGCGGGAUCCAUUUAGACGGGGCCUUGCGGUUGAUUAAUCACGGGCAAACCUGGGAGCAACAAUAUACCAGCAAAGCAGAGACUCUCCACCGGAUGUAUUUUUACUUGCGGGCGAUUUUCGAGAGUACAUUGCCUAGGCAUAGCCGAUCACGCAAGCUACGAACCUCAUGUUCCACGGAAAACGACGCAGAUUCUCACGAUGUGUUUUGUCACAACAUCGUCGCCAAAUGCUCAAUCUCAUCACUGCAAUCAGCCGAAGACCAGAAUACAGAUCCAAAGAUCGGAAGCUACGAGAGCAUCUAUGGCGUUCCUUACAGCCUCCUCUUCCUACUCACCAAAGUCAUUGACCUUAUCUCCAAACUUUAUGAUGAAUCGUUCGAUGGCCGAAUCCCACUACAUCUUAUGGACGAGUGUGAUGAACUUGAACAUUCGAUAAUGGAUUGGCCCGCUAACACCAGUUUCCCAUCUGAACCGCUGAAUGACUAUUCAUCAAGCGCCAAGAUCGUUUAUUAUCAUACCGCCGCCUUCCAUGAAGCGCUCAUUAUCUACUUUGCACAGCACAUUCGGCUUGUUGGGCACCGUUUCCUGCAGCCACAUAUCCGGGCUGUCCUGGAUAGAAUGGAAGUCAUUGAGCAAAUCAAAGUCGAAACCAACUUGAUAGCUGCCCCACUGUACUGGCCCGCCUUUAUUGCCAGCAGCGAGGCCUUUGAUAAAGCCCUGCAGAACAGGUUUCGGAAGUGGUACGAGCAUGUCAUGUUCUACGGGAUAGAGGCGCUGAGGACAGGCUUUUCUGUACUCGAAGAGGUCUGGGAAAUGGGGCCGCAGAGAGCAGAUAGGGUGACGAGUUCAUGGCGCGAAGUGGUGGAAAGGUCAGGUAAGAUACUGAUGCUGAGUUGA